GGAGAAGCUGACAGAGAGCUACACAGACCCGCAGACAGCCAGGACAGACUGAGGGACUUCAGAAGGCAGAGGCGCUGGAGGGUCCAGAAAGCAGAAGUGUCAAGGAGGUGGCAGAGAAGUGUAGAGGAAGGGACAGAGGGUAGGGGACACUGAGGCACAAAAGGACAAGGACCCGACAGAGAAGGAAAGAGACAGGAGCGGGACAGACACUGGAGAAGACGGAAACAAAAGACAGAAACGCACGCAUGCACACAGGGAACAGGGAAUUGGCUGGCAGAUCCCAGCUGCUGUGAAGAUGGUGGCCAGUGAGGGACACCCUGGUGGACCUCCUUCUGUCACUCCCGGGAGCCCGCUCAUUGCAGGUGGCAGAGACUGGCAGGACAUGACUGGCUCCUGCUGGAAUAUCACCUACGUUCAAGACUCGGUAGGACCUGUCACCAGCACCCUGAUGUUCGUGGCUGGCGUGGUGGGCAACGGGCUGGCCCUGGGCAUCCUGGGUGCCCGGCGGAGGUCACACCCGUCGGCCUUUGCGGUGCUGGUCACUGGGCUGUCGGUGACGGAUCUGCUGGGCACGUGCUUCUUGAGCCCUGCGGUGUUUGUGGCCUAUGCUCGGAACAGCUCUUUGCUGGGCCUGGCCCAUGGUGGGACGAGGUUGUGUGACACUUUCGCCUUUGCCAUGACUUUCUUCGGCCUGGCCUCCACGCUCAUCCUCUUCGCCAUGGCGGUGGAGCGAUGCCUGGCGCUCAGUCACCCCUACCUGUAUGCCCAGCUGGACGGGCCCCGCUGUGCCCGCUUGGCGCUGCCCGCCAUUUACGCUUUCUGCUGCCUCUUCUGCUCACUGCCCCUGCUGGGCCUGGGCGAACACCAGCAGUACUGUCCCGGGAGCUGGUGCUUCAUCCGCAUGAGCUGCACCCGGCCUGGCGGCUGUGCCUUCUCCCUGGCCUACGCCAGUCUCAUGGCCCUGCUGGUGACCUGCAUCUUCUUCUGCAACGGCUCCGUCACUCUGAGCCUCUGUCACAUGUACCGCCAACAGAGACGCCACCACGGCUCGUUUGUACCGACCUCUCGAGCCCGAGAGGAUGAAGUUUACCACCUCAUUCUGCUGGCCCUCAUGACCGCCAUCAUGGCGGUGUGCUCCCUGCCUCUCACGAUCCGCGGCUUCACUCAAGCCAUCGCCCCGGACAGCAGAGAGAUGGAGGACCUCCGGGCCUUCCGCUUCAACGCCUUCAACCCCAUCCUGGACCCCUGGGUAUUCAUCCUUUUCCGAAAGGCUGUCUUCCAACGCCUCAAGUUCUGGUUGUGUUGCCUGUGUGCCCGUUCUGUGCAUGGGGAUUUGCAGACACCCCUUUCCCGGCUCCUAUCCGGUAGAAGAGACCCACCGGCUCCCACUUCUCUCCAGGCUAAGGAAGCGACCUGGGUGCCCUUGUCGUCCUGGGGCACAGGACAGGUGGCACCAUUGACUGCUGUGCCUCUGUCUGGUGGUGACAGCUGUCCUGUGGGAAUGCCAUCCAAAACAGAGGCCGUGGUCGCCUGCUCCCUGUGCUGAUACCUGAGUUGGUCCUGUAAGUGCCAUCCUUAGCCCCGUGUCACAGGACCAGAAGCCGGAAGAUCAGGGACUCAACUGAUGGUAGCGGAAGGAAACCACAUAUUUGAUCCCCGGGGUCUGAUGCUGCUUCUCUUCCUCUGGUAUCGUGGCUGGAGGCCUUGUGGAGAGGGUGCAGGAUGCCGAAGUCUCUGCGGCUCUCAAGAAGGAUUCUCUCAGAAUAACCACGGCCUGGGCAGACUGCUCUGGCCCCUGGGCUCCUCCAUCCAUCUCACUGUCUAAAUAUUUAGGGAGCAGAAAAGUUCCCAGAGGCUUCUGUGGAGUCGAGCCGGCUGGGGUUAGAGAGUUCGCUCAGCUCUUCCACUGGGGGGGGGGGCUGGCUGCCCACCCCAGAUCCCCAGAGGACAGAAGAUGUUCCAGCAACUUCUCUCAGAAACAUUCCUGCCGCCCUUGUUUCCCCUCCCCUAUCUGAUUUGGGGAAUCUCGAACCCCAAAAAGAAGUGACAAGAAGGGUAGGCCAUUGCACUGCAGGUGACUUUACUGGACACAGAAAUGGCCUGAGACACGCCACAGCUCGCUUGUGUGCUGUGCUGUGUGACUUUGGAGGUGGGCACAGGGACGAGGUGGGGUUGGUGGUGAUGUAGCGCGCUGAGGGCCCCAAAGGACUCUGCAGGACCGCUUCAUAGGGUGCGUGUCCCAAGCCUGUCUCCCAUCCCCCAGUUGCUACCACCUUUCAGAGCUGGACCACAACUCACCACCCUCAGUACCUCCACAAAAGUGUCUCUCAUUCAUUCAACAAACACCUGGGGACCCUGGAGUCACAGAAAAGCCCCAGGCCUCCAAGCAGAGAACCCUGGGGGCUUGUAAAUGAACUGACAGGAGGGGAAGUGACUCAGCUGGAGGGCUGGGCGCCAGGAGGACGAGCCAGGCUCCUGCUGCUUCUCCUGGUUCCUGUUUCUCAGUCACUCUGGUCAUUUAGCCCUCCCGCUUCAACUGCUUGGCAGCAUUACUACCAAAGCAUCUCCAGGGACAGUGGAACCAAGGCCCAGAGAGGGCAAACCCCAAGCCCGGGUCACACAGCAGAAAUGGGGAGCAGCCCUGGCUGUCCUGGAACUCACUCUGUAGACCAGGCUGGCCCCGAACUCAGAAAUCCGCCUGUCUCUGCCUCCCAAGUGCUGGGAUUACAGGCGUGCGCCACAACCACCUAGCCAUAUCCCACACUUUCUCGUGGCCUCUCUGUGCCUCAGUUUCCUCAACUCUAAUCUGACAGGGGUGCUUUGAGGAUUAAAGGACUCUCUCUCAAAAGAACAAUUUAGCACAGGACUUGGAAGGAAGCCACAGAGAGGGGUUACUGUUACUGCUGUUACUAUUAAUAUUGUUAUCUGGGCAAACAUUAACUAGAAAACAAGGCAAGUUUUUUUUCUCCCGAGUAAGUCUAUUUCAGAUCACACUCAGGAAGAGCGAAGAGUACUGGGAGAGAAGACGACAGGCCGAGGGAGGCCGGCUGUGGAGGCGUGCGCCUGUAACGCAGCACUGCGCUCAGGAAGGAGGGUCGGAGUUCAAGGUCAGCCUCAGCUGCCCCACAGAGGGCGCAGGGUCAGCCUCUCAACCCAAAUGACAACAGAUAAAAUCACAAGCAAACCAGUCUGAGCUGACCAGUCCUCAGGUACAGAAAGGCACCGUCUGAUGCCAGUUGCGGACACUGUAAAUGAUCCAAAUUCCACUGAAUGGAUGAUUUGCUGUGAAUGAUAAAUGGUUAAAAUGGUAAUUUUUAUUUAUGGGUAUUUUACCACAAUAAAAAAUGUAAUACUGAAAAAUUAA